UCGCCGUUGGUGGUAGCGUGAGGCAUUUUGGCUGAAUGUUGCAGGAAUGGUCAGUUACGGUGUUUGUAGCUCGUGGCUGUUGACAAGAUAGUGAGAAGGUUAUGAGGUAUGCGGAAUGUGAAAGGUACAAGGUGGGCUGCAAGGAUUUUCGUGACUGUAGAUCACUAAAUGGCAGACGUGUGUCACCAGAACACAGCAUCCAAAAAACAUCCCGCGUUGCAGGCCCAUUUCUCUUGGCCUACCCGGAAACAAGUGCCGGUUCCGAAGGUAAUUGAUGAUGACGUUUGAUUGGAUGAUAGGAAAGCCACAGCAGGAGCUUGAAAGCUUGGAAACUGGGAAUGGGAGGGUGUAUGUAGAUACAGCCAAUCUGUAUAGCUUUGGAAAACAUUACGGGAAAGAGCGUGUGCUGGUGCUUUUUGCUGUGGAAAUUUUGGCAGUUGCAGGAGCCAGCUUCGCGCAAAUCACCUCUGUGGGAGAGAUGAUGUAGUGCAAACGGCUUUUCCCCUCCGCGAGCCAUGGGCUAUCUGUUGCGCGCUGGGCUGUAGAUUUGUGACUUACCUUGUGGUAUGUGAGAAAUCUCGUGAGAAAGGGAAGAUGUUCUGCUUGCUGAUGGGCAAUCUAGAAAUGCGGUUGCGUCAGAAGUUUGCUUCUUGUGUCAUGCGUAGUCGCAGCGGAAUUCGCAUCGUUGGGACUGUGUGGGUCACGUACGAAUUCACAGAUUCAAUGUCAGAGUGGUCAAGUGUAUGAGCAGCGAUUAGAUGAAAGGACGAUCGUG